AUGCCACCUAAAAAUACUCAAGGAUCAUCAAAAAGACUCUAUGACCUCAACUUACAAAUUCACUACAUAAAAGCCUCCCUGAAGCAAUUAGCUCUCGUAAAAGUCCGAGCAAAAAUAGGCUUCCAAAAGCAAGAAACCCAAGCAAUGCAAUAUGAUUCCUCUAAAUCUCAAGUCAUUUUUGAGUAUCCCAUCACCUUACAAGAUAUCUCAAUGAAAGAGAAAAGUGGAACUUACCAAAAGAAAUCAGUAUUUCUAAUAGUCUUCGAAAUUGACGGAAAAUCAUCGAAAAAAUUAGGCAAGGCUAAACUUGAAUUUUCUGAACUCGCGAGGUCAGAAAAACCUAUAAAUAAGCUAGAAAUCCCGAUAGAAAAAUGCAGUGACCCUAAUGCAAAAGUCUGCAUAACUGCAGAACUUUUGCAUAAUGAAAGAAAUACCAGAGGCUUCGCAAGCAGUGAUUUUAUAGUUGGAGGAAUUUCAGACUUUGAUUACAGCUCAAUUGAUAGGGAAACUGGCUCUCAGUCAGUUCUUAUCCGUGAAGAAGCUGAAGAAGAGGAAGAAAUAUAUCCUUCUAUGCCUUUUAAAAAUAAAUUAAUGCUGAUAGCGAAAGAUAGAAUAAUAAAUGGAGAAUUUUAUUUAAUUAAGAAUAAAACUCAUAGAAGAAGUGUCAUUGUGUAUGAAAAGCCUCCAAAUAUUGAUGACUUAUUAGGGGGAAAUGCAGAAUCAGAAACAGUGGGAACUAGUGGGGAACCAGAAGCAAGGAGCAUGGAGUCUGAUAAAGACAGCAUUUUAACGAAAAGUUCUACUUCAGAGCUGCCUGAGAUAAAAAAUGUUGAUAUUCCAGAAGUCCCUAAAUCUCUUCCUGCAUUUCAAAGUCCUGCAAUAGACAUUCCAGAAGCUCCAAAAGCUCCUUCAGACUUUGAAAGGCUAACAAUAGAUAUUUCAGAAACUUCAAAAGCUUCUUCUACCUUCCAAAGGCCAACAAUAGAUAUUUCAGAAGCUUCAAAAGCUCUCCCUAUCUUCCAAAGGCCAACAAUAGAUAUUCCAACAAGAAGGAGAUCAACGCUAGGAAGAACAAGGCAGGGCUCUGAUCCUGAAGCUUAUAAAGAGUUCCCAAUUGAAGCUUCAUCUCCAAGGAAUUUAUAUAUGGCUAUUGCUAGAGAUAAUGCAAUACACCCAAAAGAGUCAAAAAUUGAGUCUGAGAGUUCAAGUUCAGAUGAGGAGCCUAUUUUUCUCAGUGAGGAAGAAAUAGCGAAAAAGCUUCCCGUAAAAGAUAUGGGGGACACCAAGCCAAAUGAAAAAUCAAAAGCUGAGGAAAUGGUUGCUAAAGAAAAUCAGUCAGGAUUAAGUGAGAGAACUGGGACAUGCGCGAAGUGCACGCUUCUAUAA